GUACUGCAGUUACUGAGCCUUCGCAGUUCUGAAGCACAGGAGCCUCAAGGAAAGGCCCGUGUGGCACGACAACUCGACGCAGCCAAAAAACAGAAUAAAGUAAUUUUAAAAAAAGAGAAGAGGAAGAGGUAAAGGUCACAUGCAUUUGUAGCGAGAAGACAGUUGUCUGCAGGCCAGGAAGAGGACUUCCACCAGUAACGGAAUCUGUUGGCUGCUUGACCCGAGACGUACAGCCUUCAGAACGGAAGUGUCUUGGACCUAGGGAAGCCCCUUCCUCAUCCAGGCUUCACGCAUUUGACCCUGGCUCUCCCUCAGGAGGACCCCUCGCUGGAGAGGCAUUUUAAGGGCCAUCGAGAUGCAGUCACCUCUGUGGACUUCAGUCUCAACACAAAGCAGCUGGCCAGUGGCUCCAUGGACUCGUGCCUUAUGGUGUGGCACAUGAAGCCCCAGACCCGUGCCUACCGAUUUGCCGGCCACAAGGACGCCGUAACUUGUGUGAACUUUUCCCCUUCGGGACACCUGCUUGCUUCUGGCUCCCGCGACAAGACUGUCCGCAUAUGGGUACCCAACGUCAAAGGCGAGUCAACUGUGUUUCGUGCACACACGGCCACAGUGAGGAGCGUCCAUUUCUGCAGUGAUGGCCAGUCCUUCGUGACAGCUUCUGACGACAAGACAGUCAAGGUGUGGUCCACUCAUCGCCAGAAAUUCCUGUUCUCCCUGAGCCAGCAUAUCAACUGGGUCCGCUGUGCCAAGUUCUCCCCGGAUGGGCGGCUCAUCGUAUCCGCCAGUGAUGACAAAACUGUCAAACUGUGGGACAAGACCAGCCGGGAGUGUGUCCACUCGUACUGUGAGCAUGGCGGCUUUGUCACCUACGUGGACUUCCACCCCAGUGGCACAUGCAUCGCUGCUGCCGGCAUGGACAACACAGUGAAGGUGUGGGACGUGCGGACUCACCGGCUCUUACAGCACUAUCAGUUGCACAGCGCGGCGGUGAAUGCCCUCUCCUUCCACCCGUCGGGGAACUAUCUGGUCACAGCCUCCAGCGACUCAACCCUGAAGAUCCUGGACCUCAUGGAGGGCCGGCUGCUCUACACACUCCACGGCCAUCAGGGUCCAGCCACCACGGUUGCCUUUUCAAGAACGGGGGAGUAUUUUGCCUCUGGCGGUUCAGAUGAACAAGUGAUGGUUUGGAAGAGUAACUUUGACGUCGUCGAUUAUGGAGAAGUGCUAAGAGUGCAGAGGCCCCCAGCCACGCGGGCCAGCUCCUCUGGGACUCUGCCAGAAGUGGAUCCCCUCGUCCCGCCAGGCAGGGGCAGAAGUCAGGAGUCGAUGCAGAGCCAAUCCCAGGAGCCUGUGAGCGUGCCCCAGUCGCUGACCAGCACGCUGGAGCACAUCGUGGGCCAGUUGGACGUCCUCACCCAGACAGUCUCCAUCUUGGAGCAGCGGCUGACACUGACAGAAGACAAGCUGAAGCAGUGUCUGGAGAACCAGCAGCUAAUCAUGCAGAGAACACCACCAUGAUCAGGGGAACGAGAAUCAAGAGCUCGGUCAAUUUGGGGGGUGGCAGGCCGGGGAUUUGUACUGGACACUUGGGUAAAUAAAUAAGAUUCAGCCCUGGGAACCAUAUCCACCCCAGAGCCCCAGGGGUUGUGCACCUAUGCCCUCCACCCAACUGUCUGCACCCAGAGACUCCACCUGGUGAUGGGAGGCCACCAUAGGCCAGGCCCAUGUAUGCACAGAUGAUAUACCUAGUUUACUGUGAAGGAGCCACUUCACAUUAAUGUUUGUUACCUUGGAGUCUUAAGGAGCCCUGAGAAGGAGCUCUCCUCUGGAGGUGAGAGCCCCACGCCACCCUGCAUUUCACUCAUCCCUUACUGACCUUCCUGCCAUGUGACUGGCUUUGUCCUGUAUCCCAGAGUAGAGGCGGACCACUUGUUGGGUGAGCCAAUAGUUUCCUUUAAAUCUGACAAAAGGCCCAAAGCGGGCCCGUCUGUCCGAUUUAUCUAGGAACAAGCCCUCUGGAGGGGAUGGUGGCUUCGCAGGGGCCUUGAUUUCUGUCCCACGUUUACUGGGGCCUGGUGGCUUCUUCCUCUGCAUCCACGAGGGCAAAGGAACCUGAACAUUAAAAUGAUGGACUCGUCA